AUGAGACGACCGCGAGUUUUGGUAACCCAUCAUCAGGUGCAGCCGGUAGCAUUGAAGUUACUGCGCGAACAUUGUGACGUGAUCGUACCCCAGGAGGACUUUCCAUCCCGUGCUAAAAUUCUUGAUCUCUGUUCGGGUAUUGAUGGACUUCUGUGGACCAACUACAAGAUGAAACUCGAUCGGGAGGUGUUGGAUGCAUGUGGACCUCAGCUGAGAGCAGUUUCGGUUACGAUGAAUGGUGUAGAUUGUGUAGACACUGCAGAAUUGGCUAAAAGGAAAAUUCCCCUUGGGCACACACCGUUCAUCCCAAAUAAUGCCGUAGCGGACUUGGCAAUUGGUCUGAUGGUUGCCGCAAAUGAUGGAUUGUUGCGUUCCUGCGACGAUUGUAACUCUCGCCAAUCAAUCCAAGGUUCCACUGUUGGAAUUGUUGGAUUUGGUGGAAUUGGACAGGUGAUCGCCCGAAGAUUGCAAGGGUUCAAUAUCGGUACAAUUCUAUACAGUGGUCGAACUCCUAAAACCAGUGCUGAUAGAUUUAAUGCCCAGCAUGUUCCGUUCGAGGAGCUUCUUGUACGUUCCGACUUCAUUUUCAUUAGCUGUCCUUUAAACGACGCCACACUCGGGUUGUUUGGUCGCAACGCAUUUGCAAUGAUGAAGUCCUCCGCCAUACUUAUUAACAUUGCACGAGGUGCGAUAGUCGAUGAGCCCGCAUUGAUCGAUGCCUUAAAAGGUGGUAAAAUAAGAGCGGCAGGAUUAGAUACCGUAACUACGGAACCAUUUACACCAGACAGUGAACUGUUUCAAUUACCCAACUGUGUGAUUGUACCACAUUUGGGAACGGCCACGAAAAGAACGCGGGACGAAAUGGCUAUACGGGCGGUGGAAAAUUUAAUCCAUGGAUUGCGAAAUGAAACGAUGCCAUCACAAUUUCAAUAA